AUGGCAUUGCGAGUUCCAAAGAGUGCUUAUCCUCAACUUUUUAAAGAAGGUUAUAAGAACCUCCAAGGUAUUGAAGAAGCUGUCAUAAGAAAUAUUCAAGCAAUCCAUGAACUUUCAGAAAUUGUAAGAACUUCCUUUGGGCCAAAUGGACGAAACAAGAUGGUGAUCAAUCACCUUGAGAAACUUUUCGUCACCAAUGAUGCUGCUACGAUUAUUCGAGAAUUGGAAGUUAUACAUCCCGCAGCAAAAUUAUUGGUGAUGGCUAGUCAACAACAAGAACAAGAGGUUGGAGACGCGACUAACUUUGUUAUAAUAUUCGCGGGUGAAUUACUUCAAAAAGCAGAAUAUUUACUGCGGAUGGGACUGCACCCAAGUGAAAUUGUGCAAGGUUAUGAACUCGCUAGUAGCAAAGCAACAGAAAUCUUGGCAGGUCUCGGUGUGGAAACAAUAACAGAUUAUAGAUCCGAAGAUCAACUUUUAAGGGCAGUUAAGCCAGUCAUUGCCGCUAAGCAGUAUGGCAACGAGGAAUUACUUUCAAAUUUGGUAAUCGAGGCAGCACUCAUCAUCAUGCCAAAGAAUCCGGCAGCUUUUAAUGUGGACAAUAUUCGAGUGGUAAAAAUCAUGGGUAGUAGUAUUUAUGAGAGCAAAGUGGUUAAGGGUAUGGUAUUUGGUCGCGAGCCCGAGGGUGUUGUUACUAAAGCACUUAAAGCUAAAGUUGGAGUUUUCACGUGUUCCUUGGAUACUGCUCAAACUGAAACCAAAGGAACUGUGCUAAUUCAUAACGCACAAGAAAUGAUGAAUUUCACAAAAGGUGAAGAGCAACAUAUGGAAAAGAUAUUUAAAGAAUUAGCCGAUGCUGGAAUUAAUGUAGUGGUCACCGGUUCCGGUAUAGGAGAUUUGGCUUUACAUUAUUUAAACAGAUUUAACAUAAUGGCCAUAAAGGUAUUAUCGAAAUUCGAUCUACGUAGACUGUGUCGUGUGAUUGGUGCUACGCCUUUAGCUAGACUAGGACCACCUAUGCCCGAGGAAAUGGGAUAUUGUGAUAUCGUUGAGACUGUUGAAAUUGGCGGAGACAGGGUCACUGUCUUUAGACAAGAAAAUGAAAGUUCCAAAACGUCUACCAUCGUAGUUCGUGGUGCAACUCAGAAUCACCUUGAUGAUAUUGAACGUGCUAUUGAUGACGGUGUGAAUAUCGUAAAAGCAGUUACCCGGGACGGUCGUCUAGUUCCUGGAGCUGGUGCAACUGAAAUGGAGUUGACCAAACGAUUACUAUCCUUUGGAGAGAAAACACCUGGGAUUAAUCAGCAUUCCAUAAAAUCAUUUGCGGAGGCACUUGAAGUAUUUCCACGUACUCUGGCGGAAAAUGCAGGAUUGGAUGCCACACAAAUUCUCUCAAAACUUUACGCAGCACAUCAUCAGGAUGACAGUGGCGUGAUUGGUGUAGAUGUUGAAAGCGAGUCUGAAGAAUGUACUUUGGAUUCUGUCAAGGCUGGCAUUUUGGAUUCUUUACAAGCAAAAAGUUGGGCUUUGAAAUUUGCCACCGAUGCGGCUUUAACGGUUUUAAGAGUUGAUCAGAUUAUCAUGAGUAAACCGGCUGGUGGUCCAAAACCUCCGCAGCAAAAUCCAAAUUGGGACGAAGACUAA